AUGUCCCCGUUUCACUUGAAUGAACUGGGAGAGAGAAAACUACAUGGGCCAUAUGCAGUGCAACACACCAAUGAAGCUAUUCAGAAAAUUAAGGCUAGAAUGGUCACCGCUCAGAGCAGACAGAAGUCUUAUGCAGACCUAAAGCGCAGACAUGUUGAGUUUGAAGUUGGUGAUCAUGUAUUUCUGUGUGUGACUCCAAAAAAAGGAAUCUCGGUGAAGAGGUUUGGAAAGAAGGGAAAGCUAAGUCCCAGAUAUGUCGAACCUUUUGAGAUUUUGGAUAGAGUGAGCAAUGUGGUGUACACGGAGGAUUUGUCGUUCGAUGAGAGUCUAGUGAAAAUACUCAAUCGAAAAGAGAAGAUCCUAAGGAAUAAGACUAUUUCCUUGGUAAAAGUACUAUGGAGGAUUAAUGUUGUUGAGGAGGCAACCAUGGAAUUAGAGUUCGAUAUGCAGCAACAACAUCCCGAGUUCUUACAGUAA